AUGGGAGCUGUUGGAGUUCAGAUUGUGUGUGUGUCCCUCGGGGUCCUCGGCCUGAUUGGGGCCAUCGUAUGCUGCGCUGUCCCACGCUGGAAAGUGUCCUCCUUCACGGGGACCAACAUCGUGACUGCACAGAGCACUCAGGAGGGCCUGUGGACGAACUGUGUGGUGCAGAGUACCGGCCAGCAGCAGUGCAAGAACUACGACUCCCUGCUGGUGUUGCCCUCUGACCUGCAGGCCGCCCGUGCCAUGACCAUCAUCAGCUGCAUGUUAAGCGGCCUCAGCCUCCUCAUCCUGUUCUGCGGGGCCGACUUCACCACCUGCAUAGAGAACGAGGACGUCAAGCCCAAGAUCAGCCUGGUGGCCGGGGUGGGCCUGCUGCUGGCCGGCCUCUUGGUGCUCAUCGCCGUCAGCUGGUCCGCCCACAUUGUUGUGACGGACUUCAACAACCCCAUGAUAAAUGCUAACAGUAAGAAGGAGCUGGGAGCUUGUAUCUUUGUGGGUUGGGGGGCAGGCGUGCUGCUCCUUCUGGCUGGAGGUCUUCUUUGCUGCUUCAGCAGGCCCAAAUCUGGCAGUGGUGGAACCGCCAAGUACUACAGCAACAGUGCCGCCGCCACCGCCCCAAAUAAAAACUACGUGUAG